AAUACAUUCCUUGUUUGAGAAUUUGUAAACGACAAUUUGUCGUCUAAGUACAACAAACCUUUUGCAAUUUUGGGUUUUAUCGGAGUAAAGGAGCGAAAGGCAUUGCUCGAGGUGGAAUUAGAUGGUCUAAGAAGACCAGUGUUUAAACCAGUCGUUUGUUGUAUUGGUUGCGAAACGAACAAGUGGCUGUGGUAUUAUUAAACUUCGUGGUUUGUACUCUAAAAGCCAGUGCAAAAUGCCCGUACGCGGUGCUGGCGAAGAUCUAAGAGCUCGUGAGAUUCGAGCCGAGCCAAGAGAUCCUCCACCAGGUUAUAGAGGACGAAAAGAUCCGAAUCCUCAAAGCUUUGAACGAGGGCCGUAUUAUCCCACCGAAGGUAGAGCAUCCCCGCGAGCAAGUGAACCAUAUACCGCAUACAAACUUUCAGAUAUGGAAAAACAGACAAUCAUUCUUGAAAAGGCUGCUCCUGAUCAGGGAUUUGGUAUUGCUGUAUCCGGUGGCCUGGAUAACCCGCAUUACGAGACUGGUGAUACAUCGAUUAUUGUCUCUGAUGUUGUUGAAAGAAGUCCUGCUGAUGGUUUGCUACGGAUGAAUGAUGUUAUUCUCAAUGUAAAUGGAGUAAAUGUUGAAGGAGUUGAACAUAGUGUGGCAGUUGAAGCUUUGAAAAACAGUGGCUAUUCAGUUAAACUUGUGAUUUUGAGAAAGAGACCAAGUACAGCCACAUCAUCACCAACAAGCAUUCCUUCCAUUCAAGAGCCACCCCAGGCGCAACGCCGACCACCUAUUGAGACAAGCAAGGAACCAAGAAAUGUGAUCUUGAACAAAAUGUCAUCUGAAAGUUAUGGCUUGUCAUUGGGAACCAUUUUGUUUGUCAAAGAUCUCGAUGAAAGAGGACCUGCUGGUAGAGAGGGUCAACUUGAACGUGGUGAUGUUAUCCUUAAGAUAAAUGACAAGAGAGUGGAUGACCUAAGUCGACCUGAUGCUGUGAACAUCAUGAGAAAUGCCCCGGAAAGAUUAGAUCUUGUUGUUCUCAGAAAUAAAGAUGUUCCAGCAAAUAUGCCAGCAAGGUUUGCAGGUGUGAAUGAACAUGUGUCUAUGACCAAAAGUCAAAUGGUUGAAAGUUCGAGUAAUGGGAUGAAUGGACAAGAUUUAAUUGCAUUCAAACAAGGUCAAUGGCAAGGCGAUUCAAGAGAUGGUGGAUGGGACAGCACAUUACGGAGUACAGCUACUUACAGUAUCUCAAGUGCAGGAAGAAGAAGUGAUGAACGGGAAAGAGACAUUGACGCAAGAAGAGACAAGAAAUUCCAUGGUGAGCCACAUCUUGUGUCAUUCCAUCGAACUGGUAGCAGUCUUGGUAUCCAGGUCGCUGGUGGAAAUGCUGUCGGCAUCUUUGCAAAUGCCAUCAAAGAUGGAAGUCCUGCGCAAGUCGCUGGGCUUCGUGUUGGAGACCAAGUCUUAUCAGCUAAUGAUAUUGAUUUCAAAGACAUCACGAGAGAAGAGGCAGUUCUCAUUCUGCUUUCACUACCAGAGGAAGUCAGCUUGCUCGUCCAGUACAAAAAAUCUGUUUACGACAAAUCCAAAGAUUCCCCUGGCGACUCGUUUUAUGUCAAGGCCCAGUUCCACUAUCAAGGUUCCGAUGAAGAUGAGUUGUCAUUCAGAAGAGGCGAGGUCUUUCAUGUACUUGAUACGAUGAAUGGUGGUACCAUAGGAUCAUGGAGAGCACAGAGGGUCCUGCAGAGUGGUGCAGAGACAGAAGUCGGCAUUAUUCCAAACAAAUGCAGAGCUGAGCAACUUGCAAUCGCUCAGGAUUUGGAAGCGAAAAAAGGCGCAAAUCCCAAACAGAAAUCAGGAACACUGAAAAGGAAAGAUACCAAAAGCAACACGCCAAAGAAAAAGCAAUACCAAGCAGCUGAUCAACUUGACGAAACAUCAUUCCAGCUUGAUGUCAAAUAUCCUGCUUAUGAAAGAGUUGUAAAACAAAAAGCUGGAUUUGUUCGUCCCGUCGUCUUGUUGGGGCCAAUUGCUGACAUAUGUCGUGACAAAUUGAUGGUGGAGUAUUCUGAUAAAUUUACCUCACCAGCUACAUUUGGUCGAAUGGAUCCAAGUAAACAAUCUGGGAUUAAACUCAGCGCUGUUCGGGACAACAUUGCCAGUGGCAAACACAGUUUACUUGAUGUAACACCGGACGGAGUUGAAAUGUUGAACUUUGUUGGAUUAGAACCUAUAGUGAUAUUCAUGCAGCCGAGCAGUAAACAACUUAUUAAGGACCUGCGUCAUGACUUGACCAACAAAUCUCACUCCGCGAGAUUCGUAAAGAAACUCUUUGACCAAGCUGACACGCUCAGUCUCGAGUAUCCGUACUUGUUUACAGCUGUCAUUCCACUGGAACGCAACAACAAAUGGUACACUGACUGUGUUGACAUAAUCAAGAAACAACAAGAAGAUCCAAUAUGGCUGCCUGAAACUUUGAGCCAACAACAUAAUGACGAUGAAGUCGUUUUGCAAAUGCCGAGGCGUUCCGUCGGCUAUGACAUGGAACAGAGUGGUCUGGAUCUUCCUGGUGACCUUGACCGUAAGCCGGAGAGUUACCCCAACACCCCGGACGAGGAAGUUGUCGUGGCAGCAUCCGCAGCCGGACUGCAGGCGGAAGAAGUGCCCGUCGUGCAAGCGUUCAGCGUUACCCCCGAAGUCUCGGAGAGAGAGCGACGAGAAGAAGAGGAACGUGAAUUUCAGAGAAAACAGGAACAGGAGCGAGAAUUUCAAAGAAAACAAGAACAGGAAUUCCAAGAACGAGAGUUUCUCAGAAGGCAAGAGGAAGAACGUGAAUUUCAAAGAAAGAAGGAGGAGGAGUUGAGAAUUCAAGAAGAGGAAAACCGGCGUCAAGCGGAAAUGGACCGGGAACGAGAGAAGGAACAGAACCGGGACAGGCCGGAGGAUGAGUAUGCAAGACAAUUAGAGCAACGAGAGUAUGAACGAAGACAGUACGAAGAAAACCGAAGAUCGUACGAUGGUGGUGAGGUACAGCAUCGUGAUGAGAGAAAGCCAUAUAUUCCACCUGGUGUCAAGGUAUUGCCAGGCGCACUUCCCCCAUUAGUCAGUCUGAAGAAAACAGAUUCCGGGGAUCGAAGAAGUCCUCGGGACGAGUCGUACCCAGGCGACGCUCGGCCUGCCGUACAAUUGCGUCAUGUCGAACGAGACCAGGACGCGGAUCAAUAUGACGAGAGGAUUGGGGUGAAGGUUUCAGAUCUGUUUGAUAUUGGUAAAGAUAUUCAAGCCGGAGGGGAGUAUCAGGAAGAUAACAGACGCGUGGAACGGAAGAAUGAAGAACGACGAUAUCGAAGUGACAGUGACGACGAGGAGGCGGGAUUCCCUCGCGAGCCGCCAGAAUCACGCGUGACCAACACGCAAGACGUGGAGAAACACGGCGAGCUGAUACAUGAGAACAUGGUGCGGACUACUGUGAAACCAGUCGAAGCCGCUGCGGUUGAUUUUGAGGAUGUCUUCAGCUCGCAAAAGUCCACAAACAUUCGCAACCAGACUACCACCGAGUAUAGGACCAGUUACCAGGUCACGAAGCAGGCACGAAACACGAUCGUUGACACUCGUGGUGGACAAAGGGUUGAGAGCGGUGUAUUCAGUGAGUAUUACCCCGGCAGGUCACGUGCAAAGUUUGUGAAUAUUGGUGAGGAUAAGCAGGAUGGAUAUGGUGGACGUGAGGAACCUCAAGUUAAGAUGGAAUACGCAAGCCGUGUCUCAAGUGAACCCCCCUCCUAUGAUCGCCGCCCACCCCCUCCAAACCACUAUGAAAGUGAGCCCCCACCGAGCCGGCGUCCCCCGCCUCCCGCCGAAGACCAAGGGCCGAAUAGGCCUAUGCCUUACUCAAACGUGUACCCUCGUCCUUUUGGAACGCAGUCAUCUACCUACUAUUCCGACUACCGACGAACGACGACCGAUCACGACGAAGGACGACAAUACAAUGGUGAUUACCAGCAGCCGGUACCGGAAAGCGCAACAUAUCGCUAUGGUAGUGCUGCAUAUCGUUAUCCAGCGAAUGAUUACGACGAUGAACGAGGAGAGGCAACGAGCGAUUUCGAGUCGGUUGGCGAUGAUGAGCCCACGGUGGUCGCAACAGCCCGCGGCUACUUCACAUCGCGUGGCGGUAUUCUGACCUCUCAGGAAACUGGAGUGAGCAUUUAUAUUCCGUCUGGCGCCAUUCCGCCCGGAAUUGAACAAGAAAUAUAUUUUAAAGUUGGCAGUGAUAAUUCCAUGUUGCCUCCCUUGGACUCAGAAAAAGGUGAAACUCUCCUCAGUCCUCUGGUGAUGUGCGGACCUCACGGUACAAAAUUUCUAAAGCCAGUUGAAUUACGCUUGCCCCACUCGGCUUCGAUGACCCCCGAUGGAUGGUCAUUUUCCCUCAACUCCAGUAACAAUUCUUCAGGUGAACCAAAGCAAUAUAAAGUUGGAAGCAACAGCGUUUCCGUUCUCGUCGAUCAUUUUUAAGACGACAUAUUGGACGACUAAUUGCCACAAUUAUCACCGCUAAUGAGGGCGUAAUUGACAUGACCGCCAGAUUUUUGGAUUAGAUAUUUUUUAAAGGGAUGUAGAUUUUUUUCAAGACCGUCGGAGCUUCGUAUAAUUUUGGAAUAAAUGAAAACGAAUGACUUAGUAAUUUUAGAAAUCGUUGUAAUUUUUUACGAGGGUAAUUUAUAAAUGAUUAUAGAUUUAAUUUUAGUGUUGUGCAAAUCAGUUUUAUACGGUGUGCACAAUCAUAUUAUCAAAUUAUCAAAAGGCGCCUAGUUUAUGUAUGUUUCCAGAAAGAUUCAUCAGCUGGUAGAUUGGAUGCCAUGAA